AUGAAUAGAGUAAAUCACUAUUACUCCCAACAGUAUUACGGCGGUUCACAACCCCAGGGUCAGAGAGCUCAUCAAAGGGGUAUGACUACAGGUAUGAUGAAUCCAAUGAAUAACUAUCAAGGAGGUAUCAUUGGUCAAGCUUCGGAGAACAACACAGUUCCUACACAUUAUACCAAUCACGGCAAUAACAUUUCCUGGAAUAUUCCUCAGCACCAGGACGUUCAACGUAACGACCAUAUGCUAUACAAUAAUAAUAUGGUUUCGACACAACAAGCCGUUCAAAGCUCCGGAAGCCGCAUGCCAACCAAUCCUCUUCCUUAUACGAUUCCUCAAAACGCCAUCCUAGAGCGAGACAAUUCUCGCCAUAACGCAGAAUAUCAUGAAAUGUCUGAUGAUGAAGAUGAUGAAGAUGAUGGAGAUGGCUCUUUCACUACACCUUCACAUCCUCUCACUACACCUUCCGAAGUGGCGUCAAAUCAAUAUACAGUCCGAGUUACGCAAAGCCCUUUACCUCAUACACCUUCUGGUUAUGCUAGUGAUCAGAGAGCUCCAGGGCCAGUAAACACAGGCUUGGGUGUCCUUAAUGUUCCAGUCCACAACGAACAAGGCUCGGAUGUUCCUAUUGUUCCUGGUGAUAUGCCACCAAACCAGCAUAUAGUCCACAGCGAACAAGACUUACAUGCCGCUAAUGUUCUGAGCAAUAUGCUAUCAAAUCAGCAUACAGUCCACAACGAUCAAGACUUAGAUGUCCCCAAUGUUUCAAGCAAUAUGACACAAAACGAGCACACAGUCCGCAACGAACAAGGCGAUAUGCCUGCUUCGGAUGGCGAUCAAAUGGAUACUUCAGAGGAUCGAAUCCUGUCUGAUGCUGCUCAACCAUUCAACGCAAUCAAUUCUGGCCCUUUCUCUCCACAAUAUGCUAGUUCUAGACAACUACUCCAGCUUGAUAGCAACCCGACGGCUACCUCGAAUGUUGAAGAAACGGGAGCAGCCCUCGACUCCGAAGAAGCCGAUACUCGAUCCGCUAUGGAUUUCUCACCAAAUAUACCAGGCACAUUGGCAUCCAACGCCCAUCAACUACAGAUGGAAACUUCUCGGGCUUCCACUCCGCUCAAACAUCCCGCCAUGAAUCAGAAAUCUGAUACUCGAAAGGAUUCUUCGCAGUCCGCAAACCGAGCGAAGACGCAGAAAUUACUGUCUGCAAUCGCCAACAGCGCUUCUCAAUUGUUGGAGGAGUCGGCAUCUCAAGAUGUUGAAGCACAGAAUGAUCCAAAGAACUCUGCAUCUCAAGACGCUGAGGCAGGGGAUGAAUCAGAUACCAGCGUUGAAUCAGUAGAUUAA